GCAGGAGAGAUGCUCAGCUCUUCUCCCCCGACCCCGUGGUACCAAGCGUGGGCUUGCUUUGCCCUCGCAUUGCUCACCACCAGCUGUAAGAGCUGAGUGUUUAUCUCAGCCCCAUUACUGCCAAUCUCCCCCCAUUAACACACCCAUAAUUCACAGCCAGAAAAUAUCUUUUAUUGGAGUGGUGACAUUUAAACCAAGGUAGGCAUUGGUUUGGUGCUUUUUUUCUAAUUAGUUUUUAGGCAGUCAUCUCGUUUGCUCCAGCCUCCGCUCCACAUCUGUGACUGCAGCUUUCUCCAUCCAGCUGAGAGGGAAUUAUGUGUGCAAGAGGAGUCAGGGCUCCCUUCCCAGCUCCCUGCUCACACUGCUAGGAUUGCCGUGCCUGCCGCACACCCAGCCGCGUGCUCGAGGAUGCUGCACCUCAAAGUCCAGUUCCUGGAUGAUUCCCAGAAGAUCUUUGUAGUUGAUCAAAAAUCCUGUGGGAAAGGGCUCUUCAACCUCACCUGCAGCCAUCUCAACCUUGUGGAGAAGGAGUAUUUUGGGCUGGAGUUUCACAGCCAGGCUGGGAACCAGGUCUGGUUGGAACCACUAAAACCCAUAACAAAGCAAGUCAAAAAUCCUAAGGAGGUUCUUUUCAAAUUUAUGGUGAAAUUUUUCCCAGUGGACCCCGGUCACCUGAGAGAAGAACUGACCAGGUACCUCUUCACCCUGCAGAUCAAGAAGGACCUGGCCCAGGGGCGGCUGCCCUGCAGUGACAAGAGCGCGGCGCUGCUCGUCUCCCACCUGCUGCAGUCCGAGCUGGGCGACUUCCAGGAGGAGACAGACCAGCAGCACCUGGCCACGCACAGGUACCUGCCCAACCAGGAGUACCUGGACAACAAGAUCAUGCACUACCACCGGAGACACAG